CCUCCCUUGUGCGGCGUGAGACGAGAGAGGCAGGAGGCGAGAGGAGCGGCGACCAUGGGCGUGUCGGCCGCGCAAGUCUUCAAGAACUUGCUCGGCCUGCUCGGGAACCUGUCCGCCAUCGGAGUCGUCCUCACCCCCAUAUUUUUCAGUGUUGCACUAGUGUCUGAAAAGUUCAGUUUUUUUGUCGCAAUGGUGAAGGGCUCCUCAAAAUGCCACUUGGAAUUGGUCUGUGGAUCUCCUUUUGGUUUGAUCAGUGAACUUUCAUGGGCAGAUUUAAGACCAGUUACCAAUCCUCUUCACCUUCGCAAAGUAUCUGUACUGCAGAGUCGCCUAUCAGUUACAAAAUGGAGCGUGCAGCCUCGACCUACAUUAAGCUUCGUAUUCGUAUCCCUGUUCUACGAGAGGUUCACCACCCUCCGCGCCAUCAUCGAUGCCGACAAUGUUGGAGGGAGGACCUGCUUUCCGUUUGUCUUUACCUGGUUGAAUGCGGCGGCGCUGGUGGUGUACGCCGGGCCAAAACAUGAUUGGUGGGUUAUCGUGGUAAACGCGGUGGCAGUUGUGGUAGAAGGGGUGUACUGCUACCUAUACAUCGUGUAUGCCCGCGGCUGGAACCGUGUCAUCGCAUACAUCAUGGCUGCGGUGCAGCUGGUGUUAGUGGUGGCGUUGCUUGUGAUUCAGUUCACUGUUUUCCGCGACGGCCACAACGCAGAGGUCAGGGAGGUGUUCUUUGGAUGGAUUGUGGCCGGCACUGCGAUUCUGAUGUACCUUUUCCCAUUCAAGGAGACGUCCGUGGCAGCCUGGACACGCAAUGUGGAGAGCCUCACCCCUCUGCUCUCUCUGGCGUACCUUGUCAACGCAAGCAUCUGGACUGGGUUUGCCUCCAUCAAGCCGUUGGACAGGUACCUGCAGAUCUCCAACGGGACUGGGAUCCUCAGCGCGUUUCUUCAAUGCCUGGUGUGGUUGAUUUGCCGCCCCGGGCAGCUGCAGAUCGCCAACGGGUCCGGAAUCCUCAGCGCGUUUCUUCAAUGCCUAGUGUGGUUGAUUUUCCGCCCCGAGCAUCAGCACUAGACGCGGCACAGCGCCGGACAUGAUUGAGAAACCGAGACAAUUCCAAGUACUAGCUAUGUGUCAGGGCUGGACAGAGAAUGGCAACUUAUUCUCUCUGUCCACCACUUGCUCAGAUUUCUGGGAUUAUGUAGUGAUUCAUGUAGGAGUCUAUGGUGUGACGCCUGGACAGAGAAUGGCACCAUAUUCUCUCUGUCCACGGCUUGCUCGGAUUUCUGAGACGAUCUAGUGAUGGCGGUAGGAGUUUGGAACCGUAUCUCGUAGGAGGUCAAGUAGGCAUUUUGCCCGCGAGGCAUCUCUGAACCUUGAUGGAUAUCGAUGCAUUUGGUUUUCCAACAGUCCA